AUGUCGCUGGCUCUAAAAUUCACGUCUCUUGCCGUCCGUACUUUGUCCAAACCAAUAGCUAACUACAUCAAAAGACAAGCUCGUGAACAUGAGGGCUUCCGCCGGACCUGCAUCUCCUUCGCCCAGACCCUGCACAGAGUUGACAUGCGAUGGCGGAUAGGUCUUCUCCAAGAUGCAGCUGCCAUUGAGAGACAGGUCGCUAAAGAUGCGGCUGCUGAUGCCGCCAAGAAGCACAAGCAUGGCAAUGUUCCUACAGUCAAAACCGAAGCCCAGACAAAGGCCGACGAGGAAGCUGCCGCAAAAGCUGCGAAGGAAGGACACGAAGCUCCCAAGCCCCGUCCAAAGCCCAAGAUCAGACCUCUUUCCGAAGCCAAAGCAAUUGAGACGGGCGCCAAUUUUAUAAGCGAAGCCUUUCUCUUCGGUGUUGCGGCUAGUUUGAUAUUGUUUGAGUCAUGGCGGCAAGGUCGCAAGACGAAUCAACGAAGGAACGACGUGGCCGAGAGGUUGGCUGAGCUAGAAGAAUCUGAAAAGGCGGCGCGGUUAGCGUUGGUUGAGCUGGAGAGAGAGGUCCUUCGCCUGAGGGCAAAAGAGAAGAACGGCAGACCCCACGCACCCGCAAGAAUACUACCGAAGGAGAUAUACGAAGAAAGGGUGGAGGAGGAAGAAAAGCCUGUCAGUUGGUGGUCUCGAAUCAAAUCCCUUGUCUCGCCGGAACAGGAAGAUAAGGAAGCGAAGGAUUCACUUGCAAAGAACGAGCCUGGGCCCGCAGAGAAGAUUCUCAAACAGUCUGAUAAGGCACUCGAAGAGAAACGCAAGCAGCAGCAGGCUCUUGAUCCACGGGACAAGGAAACCUCUUCGCAAGGUCCCACGCAGUAA